AUGGGCCAAAUUGCAGGCGCCGAAUGCGCUCCAAAUGAUGACGACGAAGAACCUCGCAUACACGUCAAUCCCACUGAACAAUCGCUGACGGAAAGCGAAACAUCUUGCGAAGAAGCGGCGAGACUGACCGCGGAAGGCGCCGGUGAGGCUGACGAUGACGAGGCCUACGACUACGGAGCACUGCCUCCGCCACCUGAUGGUGGCUACGGCUGGGUGGUCGUAUUCGCUUCCUUCAUGUGCAAUCUGGUUGUGGACGGCAUUGCAUAUACCUUUGGUAUAUUCCUCCCCGAACUCGUUACGUACUUCGGCGAGGGAAAAGGCACGGUGGCGUGGGUCGGCAGUCUGCUGUCAGGAGUUUAUCUCGCUGCAGGUCCGGUGGUAUCAGCGCUAUGCAACAAAUACGGCUGUCGGGCCGUGUGCGUCGCCGGCUCCUUGAUAGCGACUGUCGCUUUUGCGCUGUCGACACUCAGCAAGAGCGUGACAAUGAUGAUGCUCACGUAUGGAUUGCUCGGAGGUAUAGGCUUCGGUAUGAUCUACCUUCCGUCUGUGGUAGCAGUAGGCUACUACUUCGAAACCCGUCGUUCCCUCGCCACGGGUAUAGCUGUAUGCGGCUCUGGAGUUGGAACGUUCAGCUUUGCACCGCUAGCCGCCAUAUUGCUUAGAGAAUUCGGUUCGUGGCAAAACGCGAACCUUCUGCUCGCCGGUCUUAUAUUGAACUGUGCCGUAUUCGGUGCGCUAAUGCGGCCUUUGGUGUAUCCGAAAACAUCAGGCGAAAAACCCUUAUUGCAACGAAUGGCCGAAGAGAAAAGACUGCAAAUGGAAAGAGGCUCUAUAGGAGGCUCAUACUUCGUAGUGCAACUACCCGAUGGCACUAUGGAGAAACGAUUGAAGGCACCCUUGAAUAUUGACCCAGGCGUGCACUCUUCUUUGAACCUGGAAGCGUUAGCGCGAGUGCCAACUGUUCCCAACAUGCCGGGUGUACCACCGGUGCCCACGCUGCCCACUAUUACUGAGGCGAAGGUCGUCGACGAUAAUGGUGAACCUAAAAAGACCGAGAACGGUUCAGCCGUUGCCGUCCAGCCGAUGUCGCGUAACGUCUCUUCGCCGGCGUUCAGCGCUCAAGCCCCGGGCUUACCCAAGAACGGCUCGGUGCCGUUCUUCGACCGCCAGAGGAAGCACAGCACUGGCGACAGAUUUAAACCGUCCCUAGCUGCUAUUAAAGCCUCAUCCAAAACUUCUAUGUACAGCCAACACAAAAACGCACCUGACGGCGACGCAGAAAGCGGUGUGUACAACUCGAAACUGUCCGUGUCUGCGGCCAGGGAGCCGUCGAGAAUGGUCCGUCCGAUGUCUCGGAAGGACAUCUUCUACUCGGGCUCUGUGCUCAACCUACCUCAAUACCAGAGCCAGAAGUCGCUACAGGGAUAUAGGAACUCUGUCCUCAGCUUGCCGCAGAGCAGACAGGCAGGCGACUUGGACCGACAGGAACAAUACGACCUAUGUCCUUGUCUGACGCUGCCGGAGUCGUUCAAAUCAGUGCUAUCUUCUAUGUUAGACGUCAGUUUGUUACGCGAUCCCGCUUUCAUGCUCAUCGGUCUCUCCAGCUUUUUCGGAAUGGCGGGCCUCUAUGUGCCUUUUGUUUAUAUCGUCGACGCGGCCUGCCUUAAUGGAGUGGAUCCUUCGCAAGCGUCGUUCCUGCUAUCUAUAAUCGGGAUCACGAACACGUUCGGUCGUAUCGCAUGCGGCGCUGUAGCCGAUCUGCCACGUGUUGAUGCGCUUCUUCUCAACAAUAUAUGUCUCGUUAUUGCUACGGUAUCGGUUGCCGUGACGCCAUUCUGUUACUCUUACGCCGCUUACGUAGCAGUUGCAGUCGCUUUUGGUAUAGCUAUCUCCGGCUACAUCUCCCUAACAUCAAUUAUCCUCGUGGAUCUCCUCGGGCUGGACAAACUGACGAACGCCUUCGGCCUGCUUAUCCUGUUCCGUGGAGCAGCUGCUAUAAUAGGGUCCCCACUUGCCGGUGCUGUUUACGAUAUGACCAAAAACUACGACGCUUCUUUCUAUAUGGCUGCUGGAUUCUUCUUGGCUUCCACUAUCUCCUCCUUCGCUGCUCCCAUGUUCCGCAAGAAACAAGAAGAGAUCCAGCAGCCAAUGGACGUUCUGACCCCGAUCGACGAGGAUCUCGAAGAAGGAGAGGAUGAGGACCCAGAUGACACGCCCAUCACUAUGGGUGCUCACAUCGGCCGCCCGCCUGCAAUUACACGUACCGCCGCUUCACCUUCGGAUCCGCCAAGCCCACCCAGCCCCGAAGAACAGCCACAACGUGAAAGUGUGCUCUAA